AACAUUUUCUUCCACCCAGAGGGACUGAGUAAAUAACUGUAUUUUCUGUUGUUUAAAUUCUUACGGUAUAUUUCUAGCACAGAGAAGAACAACAAGUGUCCUUUUAUAGUGUUAUAGUGUCUUUCUCUUGACUACAAUGUGAAAGUUUAACUAGAACGAAACAGGUGUGCUUUGGCUCCAUAAAUUUCAGAACGAGAACAAGGAGUUGCAUUUGGGGGGGCUUUGCUUUAGCUCUGCUACAGACAUCUCCAGAAGGCCACACUCUUGUCUCGAAGCUAUACUUUCCAUUAUUGUUGCCGCUUGCAAAACUUUGGAUGGAACAAGUUUUUCUAGCAAAAGGAUACAGAUUUUUAUCUUUAAUGGUGCUUGAGCAGCCUAUCAUUUGGCUUCAGGAAACAGCUUCCUGGUUCUAAACACUUGCGAGUCAAGUGGCUGCCAGACAGUCAGCUUCAAAGGCUGGCAGUAGAGACUGCUGUUGCUGAGUCUAGGGAAGGGGUUUUGAAAUGCUGAGAGCUGCAGAGGAUGUCAGCAUGGAACAGGAAGCCUUGGGUCCUCAAAGUGGUGAAAUGGUCAGCUGGGACAUCAAUGACAUCAAGCUCCCCAAGGACGUGAAACAAACAGAUUGGUUUCAGGAAUGGCCAGAUUCCUAUGUAAAAUGUAUCUAUAGCUCUGAUGACAAAAAUGCUCAGAGGCACCUAAGUAGCUGGGCAAUGAGGAACACCAACAAUCACAACUCGCGCAUCUUAAAAAAGUCCUGCCUCGGAGUCGUGGUCUGCAGCAAUGAUUGCUCAACUUCAGAUGGGGGAAAGAUGUAUCUGAGGCCGGCUAUAUGUGACAAGGCCAGGCAAAAACAGCAGAGAAAAUCGUGUCCCAACUGCUAUGGGCCCUUGAAGCUUAUUCCCUGCCGAGGUCAUGGUGGAUACCCUGUAACAAACUUCUGGAGACAUGAAGGACCAUUCAUAUUUUUUCAGUCAAAGGGGGCUCACGAUCAUCCAAGGCCGGAAACAAAAUCGGAAGCCGAAGCAAGACGAUCGAUACAAAAAGCACACACCCCAAGUUCUCCGAGACUUAAACGGAGCAGAGAUGCUGAGUCCCUGACAGGUGAGAAGCCAAACCAGGACACUUUGCCAUUAAUAGUCUCCAAACAGGAAGACCUUAUGUCACAAAGUACCUUCUUGGGACAAGAGCAGGUGUUGAACGAUUGCUUGUCUCUUGCCAAAGGGUACAGUUCAAGAAAAUCCUCUUAUCUAAUAGAGCACACUCCGGACGUAGACUGCAGCAAAUACCUGGACAGGUGCAAACAGAUCAGAAGCAGAGAAUAUAGCUACAGAGGCCCAGCUGAACCCUCAGUAUUUGCAUAUUCUGAAUACAGAGAGCAACAAACCUGGAAUAAGACUGUGGGCCUGGGAAGAAACCCAUUAGCAGAGAAAUACUGCAGCGGCUCUCCGACAGCCCUGGCGGGUCUACACUGUGAAACCCUGGCUUCCAUAAGUGCGCUUGAUGCAGGCAUCCAGCAUGCUCCAACCAAGUGGGACCCGAUGGCAAAAGUUGGCUACCAGUCCUUCAGAUCUAACGUAGGUACAUUUGGAGGAGAAGGCAUGUAUGAAGGAAAGCCACACCUGCAUUAUAACAGCAACCACGCUCCUUCCCCCUGCUGCCCGAUCUCUCCAGAGGAGCCCUGCCUCAUUGCAGAUGCUGCCCAUCACUAUUACCAGAGCUCCUUGCCCCUGAAAGGAAACGAGUGGCACUUUGAAGAAGAAAGGAAAUACACAAAUCUGGACCACUGCAACAAUGAGAUGUUUUUUAACUUCUUCCCUUUGCGAUGACACUGACACCUUUCCGUUGUCGCUCACCUCCUCUGUAUCUCUUGGCAGUGCCACGGAUUGUCUGCUAUCCUGAACCUCGGGUGGUUACUUAUGCUUUUGUGUUGUUGUUUAGUCGUUUAGUCGUGUCCGGCUCUUCGUGACCACAUGGACCAGAGCACGCCAGGCACUCCUGUUUUCCACUGCCUCCCACAGUUUGGUCAAACUCAUGCUUAUAGUUGAGGCAAAUAAAGUUGCUGAUGUUGUAGUGC